UAUUACGACAUGCCACUCUCCUCGCGGAGUCCCUGACCUCUCUGCUCUCAGAUCUCUCUCUCCCUCUGCCUCCCCCUUCCUUCUCGAAGCCAUACAAAUCUCCGAUCCCUUUUCGAUUCUCUCAGCGCCAAGAUCCGGUUAUUCUUCUCGAGAUUUGUGGUAGAAGCGAUGGUUGUUUGCAAAUGUCGCAAGGCGACUAGGCUUUAUUGCUUUGUUCACAAGGUACCUGUCUGCGGGGAAUGCAUCUGUUUUACAGAACACCAAAUCUGCGUGGUCAAACAAUACUCUGAUUGGGUAGUUGAUGGAGAGUAUGAUUGGCCUCCUACAUGCUCCUCCUGUAAUGCUGCGCUCGAAGCUGGAAAUGAUCAGACUACUCGACUGGGUUGCUUGCAUCUUGUGCACACAAAUUGUUUGGUGUCGCAUAUUCAAAGCUAUCCCACAACUGCUCCAGCAGGAUAUAUUUGUCCUGCAUGUUCUUCACCUAUAUGGCCUCCUAUAAGCAUUAAAGAUACAGGAUCUCACCUCCAUUCAAAACUCAAGGAAGCAAUAGUCCAGAGUGGCUUGGAGAAAAAUGUAUUUGGAAAUCACCUUGUUUCAUUGCCUGCAGUGGAGAGCCGUGUUCCUCCUCCUGCUUUUGCUUCGGAUCCACUUAUGCAUGUAUCUGGUGUUGAAGAUAGCGAUAAAAGUCGUGCAGAUUCAUUUACCAAAGAAGCAAAAUACUCAGAUGAAGUAUACUCCGCUGCUGGAACAGGUUCUACUAAACUUUCAGAACCGGAGAUUGUUGAAAUAGAUGGUCCUAGUUCGUUAGGAAACCAAUUUAAGCCAGACCAAGAGCCCAACUUCAUCAAAAGUGUGAGCCCCAAGGGUCCCGGUGCUACCACAAGGAAGGCACUUACCAUGUUGACAGACAAAAUUCAGAAUAUCAUAUUAUGCUGA